AUGGCUGAACUCAAUCCUCAUGUGAAUGUCAAGGAGAAGAUCUACGCGGUCCGCUCCGUGGUUCCCAACAAGAGCAACAACGAGAUCGUGCUGGUGCUGCAGCAGUUCGACUUCAACGUGGACAAGGCCGUGCAGGCCUUUGUGGACGGCAGCGCAAUCCAAGUUCUAAAAGAAUGGAAUAUGACAGGAAAAAAGAAGAACAAUAAACGAAAAAGAAGCAAGUCCAAGCAGCAUCAAGGCAACAAAGAUGCUAAAGACAAGGCCGAGAAGCCUGAAGCAGGGCCGCCACCCCCACCGCAGGCCCAGAACGGCCCCAGCGGGGGCUGCGAGAAGGAUAGCUCGUCCACCGACUCCACCAGCGAGAAGCCAGCCCUCCUCCCUCGGGAGAAGAAGAUCUCGAUACUGGAGGAGCCCCCCAAGGCUCCCCGGGGGGUCUCAGAAGGCAACAGACCACUGCACCAGAAACUGUCCUUAGAUGGGAACCCCAAACCUAUACACGGACCACCCGAGAGGUCAGAGGGCCUGCAGUGGUCGGCUGAGCAGCCUUGUAACCCAAGCAAGCCUCAUGCAAAAACUUCUCCUGUUAAUUCCAAUGCCCCCGCAGCUCAUCCCGAAAUAAAGCCAGAUGAGCUGGCAAAGAAAAGAGGCCCGAAUAUCGAGAAGUCGGUGAAGGACCUGCAGCGCUGCACCGUGUCCCUGACCAGGUACCGCGUCAUGAUCAAGGAGGAGGUGGACAGCUCGGUGAAGAAGAUCAAGGCCGCCUUCGCCGAGCUGCACAACUGCAUCAUUGACAAGGAAGUCUCCUUGAUGGCAGAAAUGGACCAAGUCAAAGAAGAAGCCAUGGAAAUCCUGACUGCUCGUCAGAAGAAGGCAGAAGAACUGAAGCGGCUCACUGAUCUGGCCAGUCAAAUGGCAGAGAUGCAGCUGGCCGAACUCAGGGCGGAGAUCAAGCACUUCGUCAGUGAGCGUAAAUAUGAUGAAGAACUUGGGAAGGCUGCCCGCUUCUCCUGCGACAUUGAACAGCUCAAGGCCCAAAUCAUGCUCUGCGGGGAAAUUGCACAUCCAAAGAACAACUAUUCGUCCAGAGCCCCCUGCAGCUCCCUGCUGCCGCUGCUGACCGCGGCCUCUGGGAAACAGAGCAACUUCGCCAGGAAGUCCGCUCACAAGCCCUCCGAGGGCAAAGCGGCAAACCCCAAAACGGCCGGCAACCUGCCCAGCACCGCGGACAGCGCUCACCAGGCCACACAGCCCAGCAAGCAGAAUACGUAUAACAGCCAAAGACGACGGUUUAACCCACAGUACCACAACCGGCUCAACGCGUCCGCCAAGUCACAGGGCGGCGGCCACGAAGCCGACCUGACGGUGAAGGGCAACAGCCGCCACGAACACAGGAGGCCCCCGCACAACGGCUUCCGCCCCAAGAACAAAGGCGGCGCCAAGAACCCCGACGCCCCUCUGGGGACCAAGGCCCCGGAGGCCCCGGCCCAUCCGGACAAGCCCCGGCGGAGGCAGCACGCGGCCGACGGCGCCGAGGCCCGGCCGUUCCGGGGCGGCGUCCCCCGGGGGUCCCAGUGCAACCUCUGCCCCACGAGAAUAGAAGUGUCCACGGAGGCCGCGGUCCUCUCGGUCCCCGCCGUGACCUUGGUGGCCUGA